ACACGAGUGAGAAAGAGGGAAAGCAACACUACGACCACUGGCUACAUGCGCUAUGUUGUCAUCCUGAGCAAUCCAAUCCGAUCCAUGCGCGAAUGAGUUUGGGGAAGUUUGACAAACUUUCCGAAGCUUCCGAAAGUUCUCAAACAGCCCAUAUACUGGACAGGUAGUGUAUGCGAUGCCCUGGCUCCUUUCUUCUGUGUGCACCUUUCUCGCCAGCGUCCUAUUUGGCUUCAUGGUAACAACUCAGAUUCUGCUUUGGCGAAAUGGUGCGCCGGAAUGCAACAUUUUGGUCGGGGAACCUCAGCCAGUGAGCGAGGAGCAUCCAAGGCUUCUCUUUGUCGGUGUGAUGACUGCUCAGAAGUAUUUAUCGACACGCGCGCUUGCUAUCCAGAGGACAUGGGGACGAUCUCUGCAGGGGCGCCUGGCGUUUUUCUCCAGUGAAGAUUCCCAUUGGGAAGGCGAAGAAGACCUGCCACUGGUUUCUCUUCAAGGAGUGGACGACUCAUACCCUCCACAGAAGAAGUCAUUUCUAAUGCUCAAGUACAUGCACGACCAUCUGCUCGAUCAGUACGAGUGGUUCAUGCGCUCGGACGACGACGUCUAUGUCCACGUCGAGCGCAUGGAAAGAUUUCUGCGCUCUGUUAACUCAAGUCGUCCACAGUACAUUGGACAGGCAGGCUUGGGGAACAAGGAGGAGUUUGGACAACUGAGCUUGGAGCCAGAUGAGAAUUUCUGCAUGGGAGGUCCAGGAGUCUUAUUCAGCAGGGAAACUUUGCGUCGCCUAGCACCCCAUGUGUCCUACUGCCUCAAGAACCUUUAUUCUACUCAUGAGGAUGUGGAGGUGGGCCGCUGUGUCAGGCGGUUCGUCGGUAUUCCCUGCACUUGGUCUUACGAGAUGCAGACAAUCUUCUAUCACAACUUCUUUGGUGAGGUUGCACUGAAGGGAAGGGUACGGCGCAGGGAGGUUCAUCGUGCUCUCACCCUUCACCCAAUCAAGGACCCCAUGGAGAUGUACAGGGUGCAUGCAUACUUUCUCGGAUUUAAGGCGCAGGAACUUCGUCAUCGCACUCUUCAGCUGCUGCGGGAAAUGCGUGCUGCAGCAGAAGCUUACGAAGGAUGCACAUCACCACUAGAGGCGUCUGCACCCUGGUGUACAAGCAUUUUGAACAGCUCGUCCGCACUCUCCGAAAUGCCCUCGAUGACAAAGUUCUUUCCGCAUGAUAUUCAAGACAUCCUCACAUGGGAUUUCUUUUCGAAAAACAUUUAUUCUGCCCAGGUCACAAACCCGAGACGUCGAUUUGAGACUCACUACGAGGUCAGUGUCAACAACGUCAUCAGCGACCUCAUGGAGCUGACCAACCGGUUCUCAAAACAACGUGGACGCGUCAUCGAAUUCAAAGACAUUCUGUAUGGAUACGUUCGUGUUGAUCCCCUCCAUGGUGCUGACUACAUCCUAGAUCUGUUGCUAACGUACCGCAAGUACAAAGGAAGAAAGAUGACCCUUCCUGUUCGUCGGCACGCAUACAUUCAGCAAGCGUUUUCUCAGCUUCAAAUCAGGGAUAUCACUCCUAGUCAGGAAGAUAUGCAACGGCCAGUUCACAUGAUUCUUCCCCUAUCUGGAAGGAAAUCAACUUACGAAAGAUUUUUGGGUGUUUUUCGCGAUGUGUGCCUGCACAGUUCAGAGGACAUUGUCUUGGUGGUUGUCCAGUUCCAAGACUCUGCUGACGAAGAUGACUUUGAUGCCAAAACGGUUGCUUUCGAGAUGCUAGGUGAUGAGUACGACGGCGAAAAAAUUAAAGUGAUUGCCGCUCCGGGAAAUUUUGCUCGAGCGUCGGCACUGCAACUCGGCGCUGGACUGUUUUCCUCGCAAGACCUCCUCUUUUUCAUAGACGUGGACAUGGUGUUCAAUGACGCUGUGCUUCGCCGUGUCAGGUGGAACACAGUACUUGGAAAAACGGUCUAUUUCCCAAUUGUGUUCAGCCAGUACGACCCCAAUGUCAGCGGUAUAUCUGACAUGACAAUAGACAAUGACUCUGGUUAUUGGAGACAGUUUGGCUUCGGCAUUGUGGCAAUCUUCCACGCUGACUUGGAAGCCGUUGGGGGUUUGGAUGUGUCGAUCCAGGGGUGGGGUAAAGAAGACGUGGAUCUUUACGAUCGCGUUGUUCGAUCAAACCUAACUGUUGUACGAGCUCCUGACCCUGGACUGAUACAUGUAUACCACCCAGUCGAUUGUAGCACAGACUUGCCUCAAGCUCAGCACGACAUGUGUCUCGGCAGUAAGUGGUCCAACAUUGCAUCUGAACGAACACUUGCCAAGCUGAUAGCUGAACAGCACUCUGAUUUACUUAAACAGAACUUUAGGCGAUAAAAUUUUGACUUACGUUGCUCCAGGAGACGCGACAGGUUAUGUCCACAGUGUGGCCCAACCUCUGCAAGUAAUCAAAUUAGGAACACGGUGUUAAUCAUGACAUUUCCAUCUGAGUACAAGUAAUGAGGUUUCUCGAAAAGCAAACAUACUCGUUCAUUAGCUGUGUUAUUCCAGUAAGUCUGGGGACUCUUUGACCCCAGGCACCAUGCAGCUUCGAGUUUUUCAGUACCUUUUGACAUCCAGCGAGCAAUUACUUUUAAAAAGAUGAGCGGCAUUAAUUUUUUCUCUGAUCACUUGUACAUUUGUUUAAAAAUCAGUUUAUGAAACAUACCACAACAGUGUUCCCGUAAAGGAGCAUGGAAAGUAACCUGAACAAGAGUGCACACAGUAGCGGCAAUCUCUUCGAGCUCCUUCUGGCAUCUUGUGAUAUGCGUAUCAUACGAGUGCCCUUAUUGGCUGCAGAGAGUCAUUUCCUACAGCAAGGGAGCAAAGCAAUUGGUCAAAUGUCCUGACCCCUUCUCAGUAUCUGUCAUCACUAAGUGUUUCAAUUGAUACAAUUACUUUGCAUUGAAUAAGGGUUUUAUACUCUGACAGCCAAGCAAAUUACCGUAUUUUCACGCGUAUUAGCCGCACCGCAGAUAAGCCGCAGGACUCGUUUUUAGAUACAUUUUGAAAAUGUUUUUUCAGAUAAGCCGCACUCGCAGAUAAGCCGCGGGUAAUACGACGCGACUGCUUUGUGCGCUAAACCAGUGAUGCACACACACAAAAAAAAUCAAUAGAGACUCUCAACGCUCGUCGACGCCGUACUCCCUGCCAGCUGCCCUGUUCCCGUACUGGUCCGCGACGUCGACGACUUUUAGUUUGAAGCCGUUGUCGUAGCUGUGACUCCGCGUUCGAGCCAUGCCUUACCUGUAACUGCCGUGCCCGUGUCCACCAAUGCUGCUGCUCAGGUCAAAUGAGAGCUGACGCUUAGCUGACCACGUCCUAUCCCGAUGUCAGGUGUAUUGAACCCUUCCUGUGGGUCUGCCGACAAAGGAGACUGUAGGGAAGGCCAUCAACCCUGUGGUCCACAUUCAGGUGUAGACAUGAUGUAUAACAAAGGAGAUCAGUUCUAGUGUUCUAUUAAGAUCGGAUUGUGCCCUUGAUGCGAGUUUCUGGUGGAUUGACGAGUUAGUGGGGUUCCAGGAGACGUUAAUCACUGUCGCCCUAUUGUUAAAGAUGCGUGGGGGAAUGCAUUCGUAAGGUCAGUCCACUCGAAUGUGGACCCGCCCCUGUUCGGUAUUGUUCGUGCACUGGCAGGGCGGUCCUGUUCCGAAAAACAUGAGGUACUGUCGGCCCUUUCGUUUAAUCCCGGGUAUGGGGAAAAUACCAGGGAAAAAUAGCCAUCAGAUAAGCCGCACCCGUGGAUAAGCCGCAGAGCGUCCGCAAAAUAGAAAAAUCGCGCAUAAGCCAUGGCUAAUACGCGUGAAAAUACGGUAUAUAUGUUCAAGAAACAUCCCAAAGAUGCACUCUUUGGGGAGGAAGUACAGCUUCGCUUUCAUGAUGCAUUUGUGAUUGCAUACUGAUAUUGACUGCCCAUGAUAUAUACUGAUGGGUGUUUUUAGCACAAAACAGCUCCUACCAUGUGCCAACUGUGGGGUAAGCAUUCACCACUGCUAGUCAUGAAGUGCCAUUCUGUGGUAACCUGCAGCACAGCCAGGGCAUUUUCUCUUUGAAGGUCAUGGCUAUACAUACCGCUAGAACUACCAUGUCUUGUAUGUAUCUUUGGCCCGAGCAAACGUGCCACAUUUUAUGGCAAUAUGGAAGUAUACUUGUAUACUUCGGGAAGGGUAAUGUGUGAAAGAAUUCCAAUGGCAUAAAGGGGGAACAGGAAAUGCCCAAGAGCAGAGACCGUACAAGGUGAAUAUCCGCCUGGGGCAGGACAGGCAUGAAGCGUCCUCCGCUUUCCAGAGCCACACUAAAAACGUCUAAAAAACGUUUCAAUACCUCCGAAAAAGUUUCUCUUCAGAGCUCUAAGAAUCCGCUGGGUCUUGCUUUAUUGCACAACUUAGCUCCUGGGUACCCAGUGUCCGGCACCACCCUGGCACCUGGAGCGGCUGCCCAUCUCACCCCCUUCCCACCCCUCGGAACUGCUCUGCCCAAGAGUCACCAGAUGACUAGUUUUGCACGUGGCACCCUCCCCCAGGUGGAAACAAGUAUUAUAGCAGUGCCAAGACCUCUUCUUAUUCUGCAUAUUGAGCAACAUUGUUAAAGUUUUGCUAGUGCUGUGCUUCCAGUUUGAACAGGGUAUAUUGUUCAUCGUGUGUAGAUUUUACUGUCUUGUGCCUGUAGAUGCUAAAAGCAUGCAGUUCAUGUUGCAGAACCUGUUUCUAUGUAAUGUACACUUGUUUACACAUUAAAUUUCUCAUUUCAAGCUAU